AUGGAGUUUUGCAGAAAUCAGUUCUGCGGGGUUCUGCAUAAUCAGUUUCGCAGAGUGCAAGCAGUGGCUCUGAAAGUGUCCCACUUGUGUCCUAAAACGCGCAUAGUGGACAGUCAGGAUGAGGCACUGGCUGAGGCACUGGCCCAGGCAGCAUCAAGCUGGCACCAGAGUGCUGGGGAGGAGGACAGCAUCUUGGGGAGCCUGCCGGCGCCUGACAAUGUAGUCGACGAUGAGGAUGACAACGAUGUCGAGGACAUGUCACAGGUGUUUCAGCUAGCGGGCGAACGGGAACAAGACGACGCAGACAGCUCGAUGUCGGACCACUCCGAUGGCAACGAGGCCUAUGACCCGUUCCAGCUCGAUGGUGCCGACGACCAACCUGCUGGGGUGAGCAGGGCGGUGGCCACAACCACCCGGGACCAAGGGACGCAGACGGGAGCACGGCCGCCCGUACUGGUGCGCCGACUGCUGGGCAGAGCACGAGCACGGCGGUUCACGCGCCUCUCUCUGCGACGACAGCAGCAGCAGCAACAUCCGCAGGGGCGGAAGCAGGAACGGUCGCCGGCAAAACCCGCCGGAGCGGUAGGACGAUCGGGCGAAGCUCCGGGCUCGUCUCCUCCAGUUGCCGAGGAUUGGCAGCGCUGGCAGAGCUGUUGCGUGGCAUCCAUGCUGAUGGUGCCAGUGGAAGGCAACAGCACGCCUUCUGGAGGGGAACCGAACCAAUCACCGUCCUUGUCCAUCAGGAGUCAUGAAUCAAGCUCCCAACUGCUGGAUGCCAUUCGUCCAUGCUCCGUCGAGCUUCUCCGCCUGACAGAGAAGGAAAUCGUUCGGUGGCAGCAUCGGCGAGAGCCGGAGGGUCGCCGGAGGUGGAGUCUGCGGGAUCUGGACAAGCCCGGCCAGAGUGUUGCUGCCCCGGACAUGUCCGAACCCAAGAAGCAACGCCGGAAACGUGGUCUUUCGACGGACAGCAGUGCCAGUUCACAACGAAGUGCUUCGGCUGGCAGAAGACGUGCUGCCCCUGUGAACUCUGUGUUGCCUCGCUCUGAGCGAUUUACAAAUCUGGAAGCCCGCUCAGUGGAGCCAGCUCACCGGACUCGUCGUGUUUCUUACAGCUCUGCGUCGGAGGACGGCCAGAUGUUGAACAAACAUGCAAAUUCCAGGACUGGGAAAGCCAGCAAAAGAGUUAAAGUGGCAGCUGAAUCUUCCACCAGUGACCGGACAUUAAGAGAGAGGGAGGCGGGUGAGAAAGCUGAUAAGGGUCAGGCUGGGGAAGCUGUGACAGACGCUGGAAAUGAUGCAGAGUCUCCAGCCUUCUCUGCGGCUGUGGCUACUGCCGACCUCGGCACGGAGCUUAGUGUACCGCCUGUUGAGAAACGUGUUUCACAUUCACGAAGAGAAAGAAAGCUGUCGUCAAAGCGUCACCUUGCAGUUGAAGUAAUUGAAUCUGUACCCAAUUCUGACGCGUCAUCAUCAUCAUUGUCACCAACGUCACACCUUGUAAACAGGUCCAGUGAUCCCGAAGGGAGUACCAGCAGGCCAUCUAUCAUCUGUCGGAUCCGGAUCCAAGGAAAACACGGAGUAAUCUCUACCACCAGCACUCGGCCUCGUGUGGUUGGCUUUGUCAGUCCCGACAGGUCGACAACAGAAAGCCGUGUUGCGGAUCUCGGUAGCCCUCCAACGUUUGGUGCUAGUGAAUCGUCGAGCAGCACCGUUGUUGAAACCCAGAUGUCAGAUGGGUCUGUGCCUGCUGCCACACCUUUGAGCUCUGAGGUGACAAAUCUCAGUGAGUCGUUGAAGGUCAAGGUUUCUAAGAGGAAUCAAUCAAGCUCUGCAACACCUGAAGCAACAGAAACACGGUUAAAAAGUCCUGAACGAGCUUACUCAUCAACAGAACCUCUUGCCACGCACUUGAGCCCCGAGGUGGUAGAUCCUGUCGAAGUGUUGAAGCGUAAGGUUUCUAAACAAAGUAGGUCAAGCAUUGUGACUCCCGAAGCAUCUGUUGUGCAUUUUGAAAGCUCUGAAGCAACCCAUAUGUCAGAUGCUUCAUCACUUGCCACGCCUUCAAACUCUGAAAUGGCAGACUCGGGUGUUGCAUUGAGGCGGCCCAAGAGGUUGAGGAAGGGCCAAUCAAGCUCUGUGACACCUGAAGCACCUGUCACGCAGUCGGAAAGCUCUGAAGUUGUCCGUGCGGUGGACUCUUUGGAGUCUGCUGCCUCACCUUCAACCUCAGAGUUGGCAGAUCCUGGUGCUACUUUGAGGACGAAGUCGUCUAGAAAGGGCAAGUUGAGUGACAUGACCCCUGAAGCACCUGCCGUACAGUUAGAAGGCUCCAAAUCGGCUCCCGUGUCAGGUGCUUCAACAUCUCUUGCCACACAUUUGAGCUCUGAGUUGGCGGAUUCUGGCGCAGCUCUGAGGCGCCCCAGGAAGAGCAAGACGAGCACCGUGACACCUGAAGCACCUGAAGCAUCUGCUGUGCAUUUGGAAAGUGCUGAAGCCUCUUGUGCAUCGGAUGCCACAACACCCCUAGCCACACCUCUCAGCACCGAGGUGGUCGACUCUGGUGGGGCUGGGCAGCCCAAGAGUUCUUGGAAGAGCAAGUUAAGAACUGCAGCAUCUGACACACGUGAUGUGCAUUUAGAAAGCUGCAAAGCAGGUAACGUGCCAAGCACUCAUGAGUCGGACCCUACAACUCUAAGCUCCGAGGUGACAGAUCAUAGUGCGUCAUUGAAGGUCAAAAUUUCUAGGAGGAGCAAGUUAAGCAUCACAAAACCUGAAACACCUGCUGCACAUCUGGAAAGCUCUGAAGCAGCCCACAUGCCAAAUGCUCCUAACCCUGUUGCCACACCUUUGAGGUCUGACACAGAAGAUUCUGGUGUGGUGUUGAGGCCUAAGAGAACUAGGAAAAGCAAAUAUGGCAACGUCACAACUGAAGCACCUGGAACACAUUUGGAAAGCUCUCAAGUAGUCCAUGCGCCAGAUGCUCCACCAUCUUUUGCUGCACCCUCGAGCGCUGAGGUGGUAGAUUCUGGUACAGUGUUGAGGUCUAAGAGAUCCAGGAAGAGCAAGUCAAACAUCACGACACCUGAGACACCUUUGGAAAGCUCUCAAGCAAUCCCAACGCCAGACGUUGCAACAUCUGCCGUACCCUUGAGCUCCAAGGUGGCAGAUUCUGGUGCACUAUUAAGGCCUAAGAGUUCUAGGAAGAGCAAGUCAAACAUGGUGACAUCUGAAGCACCUGAAACACAGUUGGAAAGUUCCAAACCUAUGUUGAGCGAUGCACCUCCUACAGCGGUAGAGCCAAAGGUCCCUGAAGCUGCUACAUGUAGCUUGCCAAGCAGGAGAAACGUUCGUGGUCCUGCCAGCAUUGGGGACAUGCAUGACCACCAGCUGGUGCCCCUGAUGGGUGCCCAGGACGCAGCCCUAGGAACAUCACAAUCAAGCGGGGAUGUCGAUGCUAUUCAGGAGCCUGAAAAUGGAGGGGCUAAAACUGCGCCAUCUAAAGAAGCGAAAAGUCGCAGCUCAUCGAGAAUCUCUGCUAACAAGUUGGCUCUUAGAAGGAAGGUUCGUGAAGAAGACAACAAUGAAGGCAAGCCCGGUGCUCCUGAACAACAAAAUGAUAACUGCCUUGUUGCUGACACUUCAGGCAGCCGCUCACCAGUCUUUGAUGUUGGUGUUGCCUCUACAGCCACCACUGGCACGGUAACCUCCAAUGUUUCACCAUUUGAUAGCGCUUCCUGCAGCACAGGUGCAAGCUUUGCCAAGCUUGUCAGCAACCGCACCACGACUAGGCUAGUAAGUUCGGGCUUACAGGUGACGAGUAGCAGCACGCCCAACGAUGGGAUUCCCAAACCUGGUGCCCCUGAAGCAGUCGGCCCUCACGAACGCCCAGUGUCUAGCGCACCUAGGUUGGGCACACCGUCAAGCAAGCGGGAAGUGGGAGGUCUGCCGAUACGUUCGAGCAAACCGCGAAAGAAAGCAGCCCUUCCCGAAGCUCCCGACCCUCGAAUACAGGAACUGCUCGUCACCUAUGAGAGGCUUACUAUCACAACGCCUAGUGAGCUGUCGGGUGAUGACAGUGUUGGCAGCAAGCAGCCUGACGUGGCACAGCCAUCCCCAUCGUUUAACUUGCCUGAAGCAGCAGGAAGUGGCAACCCACCACAAACAUCUCCAUCAAGCAGUGGGACUGAUUCUGUUCAGAAAGAAGGCUCCCAAAGAUGUGAGAGUCACAGAGCGCCUGAAGCAGAGCACCUUAAAGGACUCUCAGAUAGCAGCAACCUUGUUGAUACAAAAGAAUCUGACAGUUCUAAGUCGGGUGCAUCAUCCAGUACGCGUGGAGCAGCUGAGGCCAGUGGUUUGAUGAAAGGUGCUGCUAAAGGAAUGGAAAACAGCCCUGAAUCUGUCCAGAACCUGAACCUGUCCCAAACUGUGCAGUUAGUGAGCCAGAUGUGA